GAGCAUCUGCAACGCACGUGCUUCCAAGAUUUUAACUUCUUCUAGCGCUCUUUCUUCUCCGGCGAUUCCUCUCCUCCUUGUUUCCCUCACCUCCGUUUCAAUGGAGGGGCUUAAGGUUUCCGAUGCCAAUAUGGUUGUUUACGUUCACCCGUCAAAAAGUAAGAAGGUUUCGCAAGCGGUGCUUCGAGAGCUCGGCGCUAUGCUUCUAAAGUUUGAUGAAAAAUUUGAAGGCGUGCUACUGGCUUACGAGGCCAAAAUUAUUGAUAAAAAUGCAAAGAUUCUAUCUGGAGUGCAUCCUUAUUUUGGCGUGACAAUAAAGGCAAAGCUAUUACUUUUCUCUCCAAAACCAAACAUGCUUUUAGAGGGAAAGGUGGUGAAGCUUAGGCAAGAAUCAAUCCAUGUUAUUGUCUUGGGUUUUGCUUCUGCUGUAAUAACAUAUGAAGACAUUCGCGACGAAUUCAAGCAUAGAACAAAACAUGGAGAAGAAAUGUUUGUCAGCAGAGCUCACAAGCACCAUGUAAUAAAGGUUGGGACAAUGAUACGAUUUUUGGUGAAGAGUUUUGAUGAGGAAAUAUUACAUAUAUCUGGAUCUCUAGUUCCAUCUCAUACAGGGAGCAUCCAUUGGUUGGAGAAGAAUUCGGUUGAGGGUUCAGUAAGUAUGAGUAAAAAGAAGAUGAGAGAAAACGAGGGUGGGGUAAUGUUGCAAGAUAGUGUUGGCACUGAUGUAAAUGCAGUUAUCUUGAACGACCAUCAGCCGAAAACCAAAAAGCAAAAAACUACCAGAAUAUCUUGAAGGCUACUAGUUGUCGUAUAACAUAGAUCAUUUUUGUAUCAGGGUGAUGAUGAUUCAAACUUCUAAAGCAGAGAUCCUCAUUGUUUUAGUAAGAAAGAAUUGGGAGAUGCACCUUGCUGUUGGAAAACCACCUCCACUAAGAUAUCGACAACUUUUAUAUAUCAGGGUGUGGACAAAUGCAGCUCCUCGUUUUUGUAACAUUAUGAAGUUAUGGCUCAAAUCCAUGUAUUAUGGGCUUAGGCCCAAUGGACCUCGGUGAGUGAACGAUAUUUUACAGCCCAAAUCUUGUGUCCAAUAUUGCAUUUGGUAGGAAGUUUAAUAACAGAUGUCAACCGCCUAGACUUUGCUGAAUAUCGUCUUAAGAUUUAGAACAUUACAUUUCUUAAUUUCUUUCAAAAAUCACGCACACACAAACAAACACUACACCACCAAACCGUUGGUUUAUCAAUCAUUGUAAUGAGGAUAUGAUUUUGGGUUUGCAAGUACAUUCCAUUUGCACCGUUGACUCA